GAGCGCCGCCACAGCGCCGCUCUGUUGAGUCGUGACGGCAAAGGCUAAAUCGGCUGCCCCACGCCGUCGACGCGCAGCACCACACGACAGACGGCAGCAUGCGCGACACCAUCAAGAUCGCCGCCGCCGAGGCCGCGCGGCUCGGCAUUACCCAAAGGCUGGGCGAGUUUGACACCACCGCCACCCACGAACCCCGGGCGACGCCGUCCCUGAUCUUCAAGGAGGCGUCGGUCGUGUACGGCAAGGACGACGAGCGCGUCGGCGGCGCGCUGCCCCACUCCUUCCGAGCUUUACGCAAGCGCUACCCGGCGACGUGCGAGUUCUACCUCGCGGAUGCGAGUAAAGAAGGCCAGGCCCAGUCGCGGGGCAUGAAGAUCCGGGGCGAGAGCGACUUUCAACUCAUCCGAGACAGCGACGUCAUCAUCGUGCGCGACGCGGCGGCGAAGCGGCGAGCCCAGAGCAAUGAGAUGGAGCCGACGACCUAUAAAGCCGAGUACGAGGCCGUGAAACCAAAAAGGCCCCUCGCCAAGGUUCGAGGGGAGACGGACGUGCCCAAGGCGCCCCACUCGCUCUCUACAAAACACCGCGACGACUUUAAGCCGUUCAAGUUCGGGCCGUUUCCCAAAUACGACGAGGCCCCGCACAUCGGCCCGAACCCGAACAAGACCGGUCCUACCACUUAUUCGGAGGAGUUCGUCGAGCACCAGCGGUCGCUGAAGCAGCCCUCGGUGUAUGAAGACGACGUCGAAAUACCAGAACCGUACGAGGCGCCCUACGUGUCGAGUUAUGGACGGGCCUUCGUCAAGCCGAAAAAGCAGGCCCCGCGCGGCGAGUUCAAGGGCGACUUUCCCUCCAAGCCUUCAGGGGCCUCCGCCUUCACUUCGGAAUACCGCGGCGCCUACGAGCCGGUCAAGGGUGUGAAAGCGGCGCCGGCGCCCAUCGUCUCGGCCAAGGAGGACGUGCCCCAGUACGGCGACUACCACUCGACGGCGCGCGACGAGAUGCGGCGGACGUUCAAGCUUCCGGGCGCGAAGAAGGUAUUCCUCGAACCCGAGGGGAGUCUGCAGGCGUGACCCCCGUCUAAGACUAAAGCC